AUUAUUCGUUACAAAACCCAACACACUCGUGUCGUCUCGUAUAAACAAACAACUGCAGCCGCAGCCUGUCUCACUGGCCACUCGUAAGUCGCAACUGUCCGUCCGCGUUCAGCACAUCCACGUACGUCGCACGUUACAGUUUUUGUUUUUUAAACGCCAACGAAUUUAUCGCCGGUCCGCGUCCCGGUGUCAGUCGACCUACCGUAAACAAUCGCCGUAGAGGUGCGUCUAACGAAGCGCGCCACCAGACCGGAGACGACGAUCACGAUAUCAUAACACAACCAGCGUCGUCACAAUUGCCGCCGCGAUGUCCGAAGUGGCUGCCGAGAACAACGUACCUUCAGUUCAGGAAGGUGAGAAGCGUGGACGUAAGAGAAAUACAGGAUCUCGUACAAGUGCUAUAAAUGCAACCUAUGCUGAAGCUGAAUUGAUUACCAAGGGAUUGAAUAAUACUGAUGAUGUUGAUGGAAGGAGAACGACCAGAUCCUCUACACGAGGUUCAACUGCAGCAUCAAAAUUAAAAAAUGAACCUCCAGCAAAAAAAGAGAAAAAAGCACCAGCCGUUAAAGGCAAACGAGGAAGGCCAAAGGCAGUCACGAAAGAAGAGAGUGAAGAAGUAGUAUCGGCUGAAGAAAAUGGUAUUGCUGAUAAUGAUGUAGACUCUAAAGCUGAUAAGGGUGGAAGUUCCACAGAAGAAGAAGUAGAUUCAAAAACCGAAGAUAAAAUUGAAAAUGGAAAUUCAUCAGCUGAAGAAGAGAAGAAAGUUGAAGAGACAAAGGAAUCAACUGAUGAAUCUGAUAAGCCUGCAGUAACAGAGGAAAAAAAAGAGUCCUCAAGCCCGUAAGAUACGAAUCAAAAUGCUAAAAUACUUUAGUGUUUAAUAAGUUUAGUGUUAAGCAAGAUAUUUAAUACUUAAAUUUAUUCUGAUAGUUAUUAUCAUGAUUUUGGUACAAGUUUAUUUUAAUUUAGUAACUACACUUUUUUUUUAACUAGCCUAUCCUGGUGAUAGGCAUUGACUUAAUUCUGGGCAAUUGAAUUUCAUCCCAUGUAAUAAAUAUAGUUCUCAAACACUUCACGUAAAGAAAAAAAGCAUUACAUACUGAUUAUGUUACCAUUAUGUGUAUUGCCAAUAUUGGCAAACUUCCUAUCGCAGUUAUUUUGUAUUGGAUUUAAUCUGUCCGAUUAAUUUAAAUAAUUUGUAAUUCACAUUAAUAUUUACUUAUCUUUUUUUGUAACAAAAAAAAAAAAAAAAACUAUUUAAAAUAUAAUAGAUAUUUUGUUUAAUAUAAUGUUGACUCAGAUAUUUUAUUAUUUAUUUCAAUGAAAAUUCAAAUUUAUAUUUUUGUUUUUGUGAAGAGAAAUGUAAUUAAAGUUGUGCGGAUGAAAAAAAUUCUAAAUAUUUUGCAUGCGUUCAAUAAAAAAAAUUAUGAAUUUUGUCAUUUUAAAUAUCUAUUUAUAUAUCUACUAUACAUAUAAAUAUAGUACUUAGAGUGGUUUGUAGAGAAGCAAUCAAAUUGGUCGUAGGUAUACGUAUAUAUUUUUUUUAAACAUACGACUAAACUUCUAACCUCCUUUUUCAAUUCCGUUUAAAUUGAUCUAUAGACACUAAAUAUGUGAAUUAUUUCUAAUUAGGUAUAAAUGAAGUAUAUAUUUUAUAGGUAUUAAUAUGAACAAUAAAAUGCGUGAUUUAUUAAACAAAAAUAUAUGCCUACUAUCAUUAUUAGAAUAUUUAAUUUUUAAAAUACUGUUCUUAUUACAUUUAAACUUCUAUACAUUUCUUUUAUAGCGUUAAAAAUGAUAUUUAUAUUAAACGUAUCAUUUUUAUGAUAUAUAUUUAUAUUUAUUAUAAUAUAUAUAAUAUACAUACAUAGGAUGUAAAUUACUAUUGUGAAUAAGAUAAUAUUAUUUUAAUAUAAAUAUUAUACUAUUAAGUACACUAAUGUAUUUUUACGGCACAACAGCAAUAUAUAAAUUGAAAAUAUUAUUGUAUCAAAGUGGUCAUUUUUUAUUUUACCUAUAUAUAUUAUAUUAUAUAAAUUUCAUUUUAUUUUAUUAAAUUGUUUUUUUCCUAACGAACAUAAGUGAUUGACGUUCAAUUAAUAUUUGUAAAUUUUUUGUGGUAUGAUUUUUUUUGUUUUUUAAUUAUUUUUUUUUGAAUAGAGCCAAGUAUGUCUUCAGAUGUUUAUGUACGCACGGGAACUUUUAGUAAACCUUUUUCUGUACUUUAGUCGAUAGUCUUAUUGAAGUGAAUAAUUUUUAUUUUUUAUCAAUUUUUUCAGCACUCAUUUAUGUUGGCUGUUUGGCUCUUGUUCCAAUUACCUUUCUUGUUUAGGUUUAAUUCUAGAAAUGAAAUGUAAUUAUAUAUAUGUUUAUAUUUCAAUAUAUACAUAUAUAAAUAUAUAAUAAAUACAAUUUUAAGAAUAAAA